UUGAGAUUUAUAUCAAAGACGAAAAAAUCUACUGAAGCAACAACAUUUCCGAGUUGGUUAACUUACAGAGAACUAUCAAGAGCAAUUCAAAUCAGCAUAAAGGCGUGUCAAGCUACGUACUUUGCACAGGAAAUCAAAGAUAUUAAGUUUAGAGGUGCAGUUAAUAAGAAAAGCAAACUUACCACUUUGACCCCUCUCCUGGACGGCGAAGGAAUUUUGAGAGUUGGUGGUCGUCUUGAGAGAGCUGAUGUAAGUGAUGAUAAAAAACACCCGAUUAUCCUGCCAUCGAAAUCGCAUUUCACAAAUCUUAUCAUUGCAGAUGCCCAUCAAAGAACCCUACACGGAGGUCCUCAAUUGAUGAUCAAUUACCUACGAUCCAAAUAUUGGAUCCUCGAUGUAAAAAAUCGUACCAAAUUAUUUGUACGCAAAUGUGUCACAUGUAUACGAUAUGCAGCACAAUGUAGACACCAACUCAUGGGACAACUACCUGUAGCUCGGGUCACUCCAAUCCGCCCAUUCUAUCAAAGCGGCGUGGAUUAUGCUGGACCCAUCCAGAUAAAGACUUCUAAAGGAAGAGGUCAUCGAGCGUACAAGGGAUAUAUAUGCCUAUUCGUAUGUAUGGCUACAAGAGCCGUACAUUUGGAAGCCGUAACCGAUCUUACGUCACAGGGAUUCCUUGCAGCCUUCAAAAGGUUUGUUUCUAGACGUGGCCAUUGCGCUGAUCUCUACAGCGAUAAUGGGACAAAUUUUGUGGGUGCUGCGCGCGAGCUAAGAACCCUAGUAGCUCAGGAAAAUUCAACCAUGACGAGAGAAAUCGCUGAGAGUUUAGCUACUGCUGGGACCAACUGGCAUUUUAUCCCACCGAGAGCUCCUCACUUCGGUGGACUUUGGGAGAGUGGGAUAAAGUCCACAAAACAUCACCUGAAGCGUGUGAUCGGCACAGAGACCCUAACUUACGAGGAGAUAUCUACUCUGCUGUAUCAAAUUGAGGCAUGUCUUAACUCUAGACCGUUGUCACAGGUUAGCACCAAUGCACAAGAUCCAACACCGCUCACACCGGGACAUUUUAUCAUCGGUGAACCCUUGGUGCUUGUCUCAGAUGCCAAUUAUGAAACUUCGUCAAUAUCUUCUCUGAAACGCUGGCAACUAACCCAGAAAAUGUUACAGAACUUCUGGCGAAGGUGGUCUAGCGAAUAUUUGACUCAGUUUCUGCAACGUCACCGGUGGGCAAACCAAACACCAGAGCCUAAAAUUGGGGACUUAGUUUUAGUUAAGGAGGAUGAUCUUCCUCCAGCGAAAUGGCUUAUGGGUAUUAUUAUAGAAAAACAUAAGGGUGUGGACAAUAUUACGCGGGUUGUGAGUCUCAAAUGCAAAGAUGCCAUAAUUAAAAGGCCUAUUGUAAAAUUGUGUGUCUUGCCAGUGGCAGAAUAA